AUGUCACUACUAGGGACAUUGAAUCCGAACCUUUCGGGCUCCCAAAAUGUGCAAGAAGGCAACAAUGCCAACACGGAGGCCCGUCGCCACGAACCCGCGGACAGUUUGAACACCGAGGACACCGCCAAUGAGAACGGCGAGGUUGGCAACGAGGGCCAGAUCGAGGCCGAGGUCACUCGCUUGGCCCAGCAACUCACACGCCUCUCCACGCACUACUCGGUCUCGGGCGACAAUGCCGAGAACACCUUCCUCGAAACCAAGGAGGAUUCUAGCCUCAACCCUCACAGCGAGAACUUCAAAGCUAAGAGUUGGAUGAAGAACUUCUUGGCUAUUACCUCUCGCGACCCGGAACGAUACCCCACGCGACAGGCCGGCCUUUCCUUUACAAACCUCAGCGUGCACGGAUUCGGAAGUCCCACGGACUAUCAAAAGGAUGUAGCGAACUCCGUUCUGGAGGUUGGUGCCUUGUUCCGUGCCCUCACUGGAACUGGCAAGCAGAAGAUCCAGAUUCUGCGCGAGUUCGAUGGCUUGGUGAAGAGCGGCGAGAUGCUGGUCGUUCUCGGCCGCCCUGGUUCUGGUUGUUCCACGUUUUUGAAGACGAUUGCGGGAGAGAUGAACGGUAUCUUCAAAGAUGAGGCGUCCAGAAUUAAUUACCAAGGAAUCUCCGACCGGCAGAUGCGGAGUCAGUUCCGCGGUGAAGCUAUCUACACCGCCGAAACAGACGUGCACUUCCCACAGCUCUCCGUCGGCGAUACAUUGAAGUUCGCUGCCAUGGCUCGUGCUCCCCGCAACCGUUUGCCGGGGGUCUCUCGCGACCAGUACGCAGAACACAUGCGUGAUGUCGUAAUGGCCAUGCUGGGUCUGACCCACACCAUGAACACCCAGGUGGGAAACGAUUUUGUCCGUGGAGUUUCUGGCGGUGAGCGGAAGCGCGUAAGCAUCGCCGAGGCUGCUCUUUGCGGCAGCCCUCUCCAGUGUUGGGAUAACAGUACCCGUGGUCUGGACAGUGCCAACGCCUUGGAGUUCUGCAGGACCUUGAAUCUGAUGGCCAAGUACUCCGGUACCACCUGUGCUGUGGCUAUCUACCAGGCCUCCCAGAGUGCCUACGAUGUUUUCGACAAGGUCACUGUGUUGUACGAGGGCCGACAGAUUUACUUCGGCCGCACCACCGAGGCCAAAAAGUUCUUCACUGAGAUGGGCUUCUACUGCCCAGAGCGCCAGACCACCGCCGAUUUCCUGACCUCUCUCACCAGUCCUGCUGAGCGAGUGGUCAAGGCUGGCUUUGAGAACAUGGUCCCCCGGACCCCGGAUGAGUUCGCCGCUGCAUGGAAGAGCAGCGAUGCGUACAAGCGGUUGGUGAAGGAGAUCGCCGAGUAUGACGAGGAGUUCCCUAUCGGCGGCGAGUCCCUACAGAAGUUUGUCGAGUCCCGCAAGGCAAUGCAAUCGAAGACCCAACGCAUCAAGUCGCCUUAUACCCUGUCUGUCAAUGAACAGGUCCAACUCUGCAUGAGACGUGGUUUCCAGCGUCUGAAGGGUGAUUUCAGUUUGACGAUCUCGGCGCUGAUUGGAAACUUCAUCAUGGCUUUGAUCAUUGGUUCUGUCUUUUUCCAGUUACCGGAUGAUGUGACCAGCUUCUAUUCUCGUGGUGCUCUCCUCUUCUUCGCUGUCCUCCUGAACGCCUUCUCGAGUGCCUUGGAGAUUCUGACCCUUUACGCCCAACGCCCCAUCGUCGAAAAGCAAGCUCGCUACGCCAUGUACCAUCCAUUCGCCGAGGCAAUCUCAUCGAUGUUGUGUGACAUGCCGUAUAAAUUGACCAACGCCGUCACUUUCAACAUCCCUCUCUACUUCAUGACUCGUCUCCGCCAAACCCCUGGUGCUUUCUUCACCUUCCUGCUCUUCUCUUUUGUGACCACCAUGACCAUGUCCAUGGUGUUCCGCACCAUCGCUUCCUACUCUCGCACUUUGUCUCAAGCUCUGGUGCCCGCCGCCAUCCUGAUUCUCGGUUUGGUCAUCUACACUGGUUUCACCAUCCCGACCCGCAACAUGCUUGGCUGGUCUCGCUGGAUGAACUACAUUGACCCGAUUGCUUAUGGUUUCGAGUCGUUGAUUGUGAACGAGUUCCACGGCCGCAACUUCCCUUGCAACGCCGAGUCUUUCAUCCCUGCGGGAGAGUCCUACCUCGAUGUCGGCCCGCGGAACAAGAUCUGCUCGCAGAAAGGAGCCGUGGCCGGCCAAGACUUCAUCAACGGCGAUGAUUAUUUUACCACAAGUUUCGAGUAUUCGAACACCCACAAGUGGAGGAAUCUGGGGAUAAUGCUCGGAUUUAUGGUAUUUUUUAUGGGUACCUACCUCAUUGGUACCGAGUACAUCUCCGAGUCUAAGUCCAAGGGCGAGGUUCUGCUCUUCCGCCGCGGGUUAGCCCCCAAGAAGACUGGCACCUCCGAGGAUGAUGUGGAGCAGACCCAGCCCGUUUCCCUUGCCGAGAAGAAGGAUGGCUCCAGUUCCGAUGACGAGGGUACCAGUGCCGCUAUCCAGAGACAGACUGCCAUCUUCCAGUGGCAAGAUGUGUGCUACGAUAUCAACAUCAAGAAGGAAGAACGCCGCAUUCUCGACCACGUCGACGGUUGGGUCAAGCCUGGCACCUGCACUGCUCUUAUGGGUGUUUCUGGAGCUGGUAAAACCACUCUUCUGGAUGUUCUCGCUACUCGUGUUACUAUGGGUGUUGUGUCCGGUGAAAUGUUGGUCGACGGUCGCCCUCGUGACCAGUCUUUCCAACGCAAAACUGGUUACGUUCAGCAACAGGAUCUUCAUCUCCACACCACCACCGUCCGCGAGGCUCUUCGCUUCAGCGCUGUCCUCCGUCAACCCGCUCACGUCUCUCACCAGGAGAAACUCGACUACGUCGAGGAGGUCAUCAAGCUCCUCGGAAUGGAGCACUAUGCCGACGCCGUUGUUGGUGUCCCCGGUGAAGGUCUCAACGUCGAACAGCGCAAGCGUCUGACCAUCGGUGUCGAACUGGCUGCCAGGCCGCAACUACUUCUGUUCUUGGAUGAGCCUACCUCUGGUCUUGACAGUCAGACGUCUUGGUCUAUUCUAGAUCUCAUCGACACGUUGACCAAGCACGGUCAGGCCAUUCUCUGCACUAUUCACCAGCCCUCUGCUAUGCUUUUCCAGCGUUUCGAUCGUCUUCUCUUCCUCGCCAAGGGUGGCAAGACCGUCUACUUCGGAGAGAUCGGUGAGAAGUCUUCGACACUUUCCAACUACUUCGAACGCAACGGUGCCCCCAAGCUCCCUGCCGAUGCCAACCCUGCCGAAUGGAUGCUCGAAGUCAUUGGAGCCGCCCCUGGAUCCCACAGUGACAUCGAUUGGCCUGCUGUGUGGCGCGACAGCCCUGAACGCAAGGCCGUCCACGAACACCUCGCCGAGCUCAAGUCUGACCUCUCCCUCAAGCCUGUCGCCACUCACGACAAUGAUCCGACUGCCUUCGACGAAUUCGCUGCUCCCUUCUCGGUUCAACUCUGGCAGUGUCUGGUCCGCGUCUUCAGCCAGUACUGGCGUACCCCAGUCUACAUCUACUCGAAGACCGCUCUCUGCACCCUGACAGCCCUUUACGUCGGAUUCUCCUUCUUCCAUGCCCAGAACAGCAUGCAGGGCCUCCAGAACCAGAUGUUCAGUGUUUUCAUGCUGAUGACGGUCUUCGGCAACCUGGUCCAGCAAAUCAUGCCUCACUUUGUCACCCAACGCUCUCUCUACGAAGUCCGCGAACGCCCCUCCAAAUCAUACUCCUGGAAAGCGUUCAUGACUGCCAACAUCCUCGUCGAACUCCCCUGGAACGCCCUCAUGUCCGUCCUCAUCUACGUCUGCUGGUACUACCCCAUCGGCCUGUACCGCAACGUCGACUCUGAGCACAUCCACGAGCGCGGCGCGCAGAUGUGGCUCCUCGUAUUGACCUUCAUGAUCUUCACCUCCACUUUCGCGCACAUGAUGAUCGCCGGUAUCGAGCUCGCGGAAACGGGAGGCAACCUCGCCAACCUGCUCUUCUCUCUCUGUCUCGUCUUCUGUGGUGUCCUCGCCACACCGGCCAACAUGCCCCGAUUUUGGAUCUUCAUGUACCGGGUCUCACCGUUCACCUACCUCGUCUCGGCGAUGUUGUCGGUCGGUACGUCGGGUGCGAAGGUCGUCUGCGAGGAUAUUGAGUUGCUGCACUUCAAGCCUGCCGACAACAUGACUUGCAACGAGUACAUGAAGGACUAUAUCUUUGGAACUUCGACCUCGCCUGCGCGCGGUGGUUACUUGAUUGAUGGGUCUUCUACCACUGAGUGCUCCUUCUGCACCAUUGAUUCCACAGAUACCUUCCUCGCAGGCGUUAGCUCCUAUUACAAGGACGCCUGGCGCAACUUUGGGUUGAUGUGGGUUUUCAUCGCUUUUAACAUCGCGGCUGCGGUGUUCAUUUACUGGCUUGCUCGUGUGCCCAAGGGUACUCGCAGCAAGAAGUCUUGA